GACACGAAUUUACUCGAACAUGUUGAAGUUACCAAACAAAUCUGUUUUCCAAGAAUAUGUUCGGUCAUAUUUUGGUCAACUUAAUGGACAAGGACCACAGCUUUUUUUUUUAGCUCUUGGUAUAUAAAUCGUUACAAUCUGCGAUUUCUGGAUUAGUUUUGCCAUUCGGAAAUAAGACAAUGAGGUCUUAUUACCUUUUACUGGUAUUUAUUCCGGCGUCAGCACUCAUUGUCGAAGAUGUUUUCCCACCUAGUUUAGCAGAAUGUUACUCUGGACAAGUUGACAAAAACACCACUCCAUAUGAUGUUCAAACGAGCUGUUUGGAAAGAUUUUUGGGUCAUAUGUACAAGAAUACUAGCUCAAUAGAUUUAGGGAAGGAUGCAUUUGACUGGUUCGAUUCUCUCGGCAGAAAAUUACACAUUCGACUGAGACGACAAACACGGUACAAAUUGCGCGAGAGGAAGGAAAUAAGAACAUUAAGUCAAACUGAAUUAAUCAAUUUUUUUGACGCAGUAAAUGCCCUGAAAAAUGACAAGAGUGUCAAACCAAACAAAUAUGAUUCGUUUGCAAUAAUGCACCAAGGAGGCGUCGGCGCAUCUGCACAUGAUGGUCCAAACUUUGUUAGCUGGCAUAGAUAUUUCCUAGUAUUAUUCGAAAACGCUCUUCGGGAAAAAAAUAGCAGAGUGACUCUUCCUUACUGGGAUUCAAGAGCAGAUUUUUUGAUGAAAAACAAGGAGGAUUCUAUCUUAUUUACUGAAUUGUUUUUGGGAAAUGCAAAAGGCGUUGUGUAUACAGGUCCAUUUGCAUUUUGGUCAACACCAACAAACCCGAGUACGUUGUUGAGACGAGAAAUCGGGGUAGUAGGCUCUCCAGUUCAUCCAGAGAGGUUAAAAGAGGUGUUUACAAAAAAAUAUCAUCGGGAAAUUCUUAGGCCAAGUACUCCAGACAGUAGUUAUGCCAAUUUAGAAUCUCACCAUGAUAAUGUUCACAGGUGGGUUGGAGGAAAUACUGGACAGAUGUCGAGCAUAAUAUUUAGUCCAAUGGAUCCAGUUUUCUGGCUUCUGCAUUGCUUUGUAGAUUACCUUUGGGAACAAUUUAGAGAAAAUCAAAAGAAAUUAGGAAUAAAUUCAGAAACAGACUACCCAGCAACCACUAUAACAGCACAUAAGCCAAAUAGACUAAUGGAUAAUUUGAAACCACCAAAGAAGAAUAUUGAUGGGUAUAGUAAUUCAUUUACCCAACAAAUUUAUACAUAUGCAGAUGCUCCGACUUGUGCUAACAACUGUGGAGGAGCGUUUAAAAUAUUUUUGUUCUGUGAUAAAAUUAAAAAUGGAUGUGUUUCCGGAUCAAGGUAUGAUUUUAUUCGAAAUGGAGGAUUUAGUCGAGUUACGAAUUAUUACCCAUCAAAGGCAAAAGGUAAACCGAAGAAGAUUCCUCCAUCUAUUAAAAACAUUAAAUCAUCGGAUCAAUCAAAAAAAGUAUCUCAGUCAAUACAAGCAGAAGGGGGUUUACCAGACAUAAAGGGUGGAAGCAUUUCACCAUUCGAAAGCGCAGAGAACGCACCAGUAAGCCGAGCUUCAGCAGCUCCGAAAAGUACAACAUUAUUUAGAACCCACUUCGAUAAUACUGCAGCAAGAGGUCGCAGAUCAGCUGAUUUCAGUUUGAUAGGCAACAAUUUCAAAAUUGGCUUUGAUAUAGAUCUUCGCCUGAGACAAGAGAUGAGAAACCUCAGUUCUUUGAAUAGUGCUUCAUAUCAGUUCGACAAUUUGGCAUUGUCCCCAAUAGCAAUAAUAAACAAACACAGAAGAAAUAGAAACCCAGGACAUGAUGAAAUUCAAAAGCAGAGAACAUUUAACAUCACAUUUCAGACAGAUGGAUUCUCCUACAAUGGUCGACAUAUUGACUUUAUUUCUAUAGAUGAACGCACGCACACAUCUGAAUCGGUUGGUCUUAUUAUGUUUGAGAAGCCAGUAUCUGGUGAAACGAAAGCGUACGUGCGAGUGUACGAUUCAAACGGUGAAAUGUGUCAACCGAGUUGUCUGGUAUCAAGAUGGUUGUAUAAGGAAUGUUCGGGACUGAUAAAAAUUACGUCUGAUUUUCCUCGUAUGUACGUAGAUUCAUAUAACAAUGCUUUAGAUUCAGAAGUAACACCGUUUCUUAGGUUUGUUUGUGUAAAUUAAGGCGACCAUUUUACUUUAAAAAUAUGACUUGUUAUUUGUCUUAGAAUAUCCAAAAAUACUGUGAAGUA